AUGGCCUUCCGACAACAAAACUCUACGGCUACGACGCCCGUCAGCAAAAUGAUGCGAGGGCUAGGAGAAGUCAGCUUGGGCAAAACGCCAGGCAGCGCCGGACGGAACACAAAGUUCUCGAAGACGCCGACCGGAGCUUUCAACAAUCGGCGGCCACUCGGAAGGCGAGAGCUCACCCCGUCGCGGUCAAACGCCAAUGCCGCGCAGCGAUUUGACGGAGACAGGAUGAUCCCCUCCCGGUGUGCAAGUCAGCUCGAGCUGGCCAGCUUCCUCCACAGCCAAAGUCUUGCGAACGAGACGAUGAACACCUCGAAGAGUGCCCCCACCAGUCCGUCUAAAGAAGAGCUUGAAAAGCGCAAAUUUAUGAAAAUGAUGCGAGUUAAAUCUUCCUCUGAUCUUGGCGGUGCCGAGGACCAAGAUAGAAUCUUGGUUUUCCGGAAGAACAAUGCGCCAUUGCCCCCGGUCGGCCAUAUGAACACAAAAGUUCUCUUCACAACAUGCGUCCAACCGUCAUCGACAGUCAAGAAAUCCUCACGCCAGAUCCCAUCGAUGGCCGAUAGGAUUCUUGAUGCUCCCAAUCUCGUUGACGACUACUACACCGAGCUGAUCGACUGGGGAGAGGGUGGCCUGCUAGCGGCCGCUCUGGGUUCCGAGCUCUACCUGUGGAACCCGGACAGUGGCGAUAUCUCGGUAUUGAUCGACCAAGACUCGGCUGAAGAUAUGAUCACCGCCGCCAAAUGGUCGAACGAGGGCCGUUUUCUGGCAGUCGGCGGAGAAUCGGGCGUCAUUCGGCUCUUCGACCCGUCCAAGGGAAAGGAACUUCGUAAGCUGACGGCUCCCCGACUCUGUCGUGCCACGUGCAUGGCCUGGAAAGACCACAUGCUGUCGAUCGGGUACAAGAGCGGCCAAGUCGUUUCCCAUGACGUGCGCAUCAAGGAGUCGGUAGUUGGUGUGCUUGAAGGCCACUCCCAGCCCGUCUGCGGAGUCCAUUGGUCACCGGACGGGGCCCAGUUCGCCACCGGUGGCAGCGAUAACCUCGUCCACGUCUGGGACAGCAGCCGGGUGACGGCCCGAGGCCAGACGCCGACCUAUGUGCUGAACGAUCACACAGCUUCCGUGAAGGCCGUCCAAUUCUCCAACUUCAAACGCGGACUCCUUGCGACAGGCGGUGGGACCACGGAUCCAACCGUGAAGCUUUGGGACACGAUGACUGGAGCCCUGACAAAGACGAUCAAAGUCGACUCGCAGGUCACCGCCAUCCGCUUCAACAAGGACUACAAGGAGAUGAUUGUCGGGCUGGGCCGCACGGCUAAUACGCUCAAGAUAUUCAAGCACCCCAACUACCAGGAGAUUGCUAAUAUUGCAGGGCAUACGGAUCGCGUGCUCGGCCUAUCGAUGUCGCCAUGCGGCCAAUACGUGAUGAGCGCCAGCGCUGACGAGACGCUCCGGUUAUGGCACCUCUUCAAGGUCGACAAGAGCACCCAACGUCUCCAACACCACCGCAGCAAGCUGUCGACCCUGGAGGCCAUGCGC